AUGAUAUCAGCCCUUAUUACCCACAUCAUUAACCCACUGGCCUUUAUUGUACCCGUCCUACUAGCCGUCGCCUUUCUGACCCUUAUUGAACGAAAAGUACUAGGUUAUAUACAGCUACGGAAAGGCCCAAACAUUGUAGGGCCUUACGGCCUCCUACAACCCAUCGCUGACGGAGUUAAGCUUUUUAUUAAAGAGCCCGUCCGUCCAUCGACAGCCUCCCCCGUAUUAUUCCUCCUUACCCCUAUGCUGGCCCUCACACUUGCCCUGACCCUCUGAGCCCCUAUACCUCUCCCAUACCCAGUUGCGGACCUAAACCUCGGAAUUCUCUUCAUCCUGGCACUGUCCAGUCUUGCCGUCUAUUCUAUUCUAGGCUCAGGGUGGGCCUCCAACUCGAAAUAUGCCCUCAUCGGAGCCCUACGUGCCGUCGCCCAAACCAUCUCUUACGAAGUAAGUCUAGGCCUUAUCCUCCUAAAUAUUAUUAUCUUCACCGGUGGUUUUACUCUUCAAACCUUCAACACAGCCCAGGAAAGUGUCUGACUAGUUCUGCCAGCCUGACCCCUGGCUGCAAUGUGAUACAUCUCAACCCUGGCAGAAACCAACCGGGCCCCCUUUGAUUUAACAGAAGGAGAAUCUGAAUUAGUCUCGGGCUUUAACGUAGAAUAUGCAGGAGGACCCUUCGCCCUAUUUUUCUUAGCGGAGUACGCUAACAUCCUACUCAUAAAUACACUUUCCGCCACCUUAUUUUUAGGCGCAUCUCACAUCCCGACCAUCCCUGAACUAACCGCCGCAAAUCUCAUGACCAAAGCGGCACUCCUCUCGAUGGUCUUUUUAUGAGUCCGAGCAUCUUACCCACGCUUCCGAUACGACCAACUCAUGCACCUUAUCUGGAAAAACUUUCUACCCCUAACGCUAGCCCUGGUCAUUUGACACCUUGCGCUCCCCAUCGCAUUCGCAGGCCUGCCGCCUCAAUUAUAA